AUGGAAGCCCUCACAGCGCUUUCUGUUGCAAGCAGCGUGAUCCAAUUCGUCGAUUUCGGCAAGUCCCUGAAUGAUCUCGCCGCACAGCACAAUGAUUUGUCCCAUCAAUUGGCCCAAUCUACCCAGCUCAUCUUGGACAGCUUCUUGCACACGCGGGAAGAAUUGGCUGCUCAGCUAAGGCUGCAAGCGCAAACACUGCUCGAGAUCAAAAGCCGACGUGAGGAAGGCCAUAUAACGGAAUACCAGAAAAUUGAGGACGUGACCAAGGGCAAGCUAGAUGCGGUUGGCUCACUGGAAAUCCCGAGAGGACGCAGGAAUGACGACGAUUUCCUUCAAUCGCAUUCAUCGAUGGAAUGGCAGAUCAAGGAGCAAGUCCGGCUCCUGAUGAUUGAAGAUGGAGUGCUUGGCAGCCUAUCGUUCACAUCAAUCUCUGAUCGACGGGAGAGCCUGGACUUUCCAUAUAACGACACAUUCCAGUGGAUCUAUGAAGAUCAAGAAUCUUCGGAUAGACCCUGGAGUAGCUUUGUAGAAUGGCUUCGGAGUGGAACAGGAAUCUACUGGAUCAACGGGAAGCUUGGAUCUGGAAAGUCAACUCUAAUGCGGUACAUCUGCGAGAAUGCCCGAACGAAAACAGAGCUCGGCUCCUGGGCUGGGAUCACACCACUCGAACUUGCCCAGUUUUACUUUUGGAGAAGUGGUGAUGAGGAUCAGAAGACACUCCAUGGUCUUCUAAAAUCUCUCUUGUUCGAGAUCUUACAGCGCCACAGACAACUACUGCCCAAGAUCCUCCCCGAUCUAUGGCGUGUCUGGUCUGCUCGUGCGACAGAACUUCUUUCCAACCCACCAACAUCGAACUACAUUCUGUCUUACUCCAUGACCCCUCCUCCAAGCUUACAAAACUUAUUGCGAUCAUUUUGGGUUCUUCUAAGAGAAUUGCAGCAAACUCACAAGAUUGUGCUGUUCAUCGACGGUCUUGACGAGUUCGAAUCGGACGGUGACUACUCCGAGAUCAUACACAUUUUGCAACAGUGUGUAGCUUCUCCAAAUAUCAAGAUAUGUACUUCAAGUAGACCAUUGGCGGUCCUGGAGCAGAGCUUUGUUGAUUCGCCUUCGAUGCGGCUACAGGAUCUCACGCGUGGCGACAUUCUAUUCUAUGUGGACUCAAAGCUUCGCAGCCACAAGUACAUGGUGGAGUUGUCUCAAAGACACGAGGCAGAAGUCUCCAAGUUAAUUCGCGAGGUUGUUCGCAAGGCAAGAGGGGUUUUCCUCUGGGUCAAGCUCGUUGUCAAGUCGCUACUGCGUGGGUUGGGCGAUUACAACCGAAUCUCGGACCUCAAACGAAGAAUCGAUUAUCUGCCCGAAGAUCUUGAGGACUUGUAUGCAUACAUGUUGCAGACCGUCGAUCCGUUCUACCACGACCAAACUUCGCGGCUGUUCCAAAUCGUGAGAGCGGCACAACGAUGCUCUAUAGGUCGGGUCACCCUAUUGAAUUUAUCAUGGGCAGAGGAGGAAGACGAGACACUGGCAGAAACACUCGGCAUAAAGCCCUACACAAUUGAUGAGAUUGAGAGCAGAUGUCGAGAGAUGGACGCUCGCCUUAAAAGCGUUUGCGCAGGCUUUCUAGAGUCAACCGAUUCAAGAUAUUCCGGCAUUGCGCCGGACAGUCGUGUCUCAUUUCUGCACCGCACCGUUGCCGAUUGGAUGUCAAAGCAGACGGUAUGGGAUGACUUGGCCAGUCGCACCUCGGGAUCUGGCUUCAGUCCGAAUUUAGCAAUGCUGAGGUCGCGCAUCAUGUGUCUCAAGAGCUUGGAGGUAUCCUCCAGGACUCCACUCGACAUGAGUAUUAUCACUGAUGCUCUUCAAUAUGCCAGACACGCCGAAUCAGACCUGAAGAGGGCCUUUCCGGGAUUGCUGGAUCAGUUAGACAUCACUGCGUCCAAACACUGGAGGGAUUGCGGUGGUACUUCAACUAUUGGCCAUGUGAAUCACACCAUACCCGAAGAUCGAGUACUCAAUUCGAUGUCUAGCUACCAGGAGAUCAGUUUGUGUGAAACACCAUCGCUUGGAGUCGGCGCACGACAUCAUUGGACUUGGGCCAUCGCUAUACCAGGGGUGAAACCAGCGGGGACAGGAAGCAACUUUGUGGAAGUCGCGAGAAACAUGGGCGUCACGCGUUACGCUGACAUGAAAUUCGAAAGCGGUUUUGUUGUGGACCAAGAUGUCAACCACCACUUGCUCAGAGAAGCCAUUCGAGGCUCCUGUAGCACAACUGGACCUUGGAACCGGAGCGACCGAGACAGGCUGCCUGACUGCGAGACGGUCCGUCAUAUUCUCCGGGGUGGCACUGACCCAAAUUUCUCGUACCACGACGUGUCCAGCCCCUGGGAAGAUACGAUAGUGAAUGCAGCGUGCCACUUCCUCUCAAAUCCAGACCCCAAGAACGAGGUCGAGUGGAGGCGGACUGCGGAGGCCUGGGUGACGGUAAUCGAAUUACUCGUCGAUAAUGGAGCAGAUCUGAGUCUGUUGACCGAACGACAGUACAGACUACCAGGUCGUCCGAAACUUUCUGUCCAGAUUGUCAUAACCUAUUUCCCGGAAUUUCUUGAGGAAAGAGCAUCGAGAUUGAUUAGGACGCUUGACGCAAAAAAGAAAAGAUAA